AUGCGGUCCCACCUGCCCUCGCUUCGCCUCGCGUGCUGGCCACACGAGCAAAAACACCACAAGCAGUGUACUGAUCCCUCCAUCAUAAUGGAAGAGAGUACACUACUUCGUCUUCGAGACAGGCGGCAAAAGAUGUGGCGGGGCUUCUGUGGCAUCCUGUGGAUUGCGUUCAUCUACCUCGUCAGCGAGCUGCUGAUAUGGGGUCUAAGUCGGGCCCUCACAAAAGUAAAACUCGAAUUCAUCGCCUCCGUCUUGGGCAUGCUUCUGGUAUUUACAGUCAUGUUGGUUCUGCGUGCCAUUACCCCCAAGGUUAACGAGUGGUACGAGAAACACGUCAAAAAUGCGGUCGACUUCAUCAACCGCCACAUGGGCGUGGCUUUUGCGAUCCCCAUGGUUAUGCUCACUGGAACUUAUUCCGUGGAUGUCAAGACCAUUGGCGUGGUAGUUGGAAUCUUUCUGGCGAACUCACUUGCUGUAUGGGUCACUGUCUUUGUGAUUGCAAAAUUUACCCAUAUCAUCAUUACAAAAUUAUUUGACCAGUUUCGCCAAUCUACCACGCCAGGACCUGGUGCGAUAUCGACUGAAAAGGACACCAGUUGCAGUGCCGUUUGCAGUCCCAGAUGUACCAGCAGUUUCAGCGCCAGUUGCAACACAGCCUCCAGCCAAGAGUCCAACCUAUUCAGCACUGACUUCUUGGAGACUUCUGUACGCCAGCCUGCAAUUUGGAACUGGAUUUCCAAGUUCUGGCCGCUCAUUACAUCCUUCACUUUCCUGGUCGCCGUUGGCCUGCCUCUCGCUGCGGUUCUCAAAGAGCCUCGCAUCAUCGACGGCUGCGCUCUGUGGUUUAUAUGGAUGGCCUGCGUCACUCUCCAGAGAGAUUUGAAGAAGCGUUCAAAGCUCAAUCACCGAAAACCUUGGGUUUUCCCAAUUCUGGCCACGCUGGUAAAUCCCGUCAUGUUGACGAUUCUUCUCAUGACGGCCUACGUCCGCAUCAAGGCCUAUUCUUCCUCCAUGACAAUCUCGGACGUACUCUACAAACUCAGCAGCGGUACCCAGUUAUACACAAUAUGGUCGCUUGGCGUUGAACAAAACCCGGCCUUUGCAUUUGAGUGGUUUGGCGCCGGCGACGCCGCUCUAUCCAUGCUUGGCUGCGGCUUCGUUGUCUGGGGCUUCAAGCUGUAUGAAUGCCGCCACCAGCUCUUCAGCGCAUCGGGUAUUGUCGCCAUUUUAGUAAGUGUCGCUGCCGCCGCUGGAAAUGUGUUCCUGGCCGCGUAUCUGGGUUCCCUCAUGGGCCUCGAGUCACCUGAAGCGCUGGCAUUGGCGGCGCGCAUGACUACCCUGGCUCUGGCAAUUCCUGUCAUGAAGAAUGUUGGUGGCAACGCCAGCCUCACAGUUGUUCUGAUGAUUACAAACGGUAUUUUGGGCCAGUUGAUGUACCCGAAAUCGCUCAAUGGCACCAGAACGGACAACAUUCAUCGGCAUAGAAAUGCAUCUACGCACAGCUUCGGCUCCGCCGAGACAAUCGUACCGAGCGCCACCGAAUCGCAUGGAACUCUGGAUGAGGAAUCGGACAGCUCCAAUACGGUGGCUGCGGGGAUUGCAAUUGGCAUAAACGGUGCGGCCAUGGGUGUGGCGUACCUGUACGAGCACGAGUCCCGGUCGGCUCCGUACGCUACACUGUCCAUGACCACAUACGGCGUCGCGACGGUCGUCUUCAUCGGGGUGCACCCUUUCAAGGAGGCUUUACUAAGCCUAGUUUGA